AAAUAUGAAGUAAAACAGACCCUGUUGAGAAAUGACGGUCAAUAAAGCGAAAGUAGCGUCCAGUCAGUCAGGGCGGGACCGGGAAACGCUCGUGCAGAAGGGAAGCAAGACCGACUCAUUACACAAAUGUUUGGAAUUCCACUUCCGUUUAGUGGAGUUCAAGAACUUUAAAUCCGCACGUCUACAUAAGAGGCACAUACACUGUAUUGCCUAUCAAAUGGCUUCUUCGCCGCAGAAAUCACCGUCCUCACCGAAAUCUCCCACUCCAAAGUCGCCGUCCUCCAGGAAAAAAGAUGAUUCUUUUCUUGGGAAACUUGGUGGAACUUUAGCAAGAAGAAAAAAGGCAAAAGAAGUGUCUGAGCUCCAGGAGGAGGGUAUGAAUGCGAUUAACCUGCCCCUCAGCCCCACACCCUUUGAGCUGGACCCUGAAGACACCAUGCUUGACGAGAAUGAAGUCCGUACCAUGGUUGAUCCGAACUCAAGGAAUGAUCCCAAACUCCAAGAGCUGAUGAAGGUGCUCAUUGAUUGGAUCAAUGACGUGCUGGUGGGAGAGAGAAUCAUUGUUAAGGAUCUAGCCGAAGACCUCUAUGAUGGGCAGGUUCUUCAAAAACUCUUUGAGAAACUGGAGGGAGAGAAGCUGAAUGUGGCUGAGAUGACACAGUGUGAGAUCGCUCAGAAACAGAAGCUGCAGACUGUUCUGGAAAAGAUCAAUGACACCCUCAAAGUUUCCUCCAGGAACAUUAAAUGGAAUGUUGACUCUGUUCAUGCUAAGAACAUUGUGGCCAUUCUUCACCUGCUGGUGGCUCUUUCUCAGCAUUUUCGCGCCCCUAUCAGACUGCCAGACCAUGUGACUAUUCAUGUUGUUGUGGUCCAGAAACGAGAGGGAAUACUUCAGUCUCGGCAGAUCCAGGAGGAAAUUACAGGCAACAUAGAGGCAUUGUUUGGAAGAUAUGAGCGAGACGCCUUUGAUACGCUUUUUGACCAUGCGCCAGAUAAGCUGAAUGUGGUGAAAAAGACUCUUAUCACAUUUGUGAACAAGCACUUAAACAAGUUGAAUCUGGAGGUGUCGGAGCUGGAAACUCAGUUUGCAGAUGGCGUGUACCUGGUCUUACUGAUGGGACUCCUAGAAGGAUACUUUGUGCCCCUCUAUAACUUCUUCCUCAUCCCUGAAAAUUUUGAUCAUAAGGUGCACAAUGUUUCAUUUUCCUUUGAACUGAUGCAAGAUCGUGACUUGGAGAAGCCAAAGCCCAGGCCAGAAGACAUUGUCAACUGUGACCUCAAGUCCACAUUGAGGGUCCUCUACAAUCUCUUCACCAAGUACAGGAAUGUGGAGUGACAGAGAAGCAGCAAUACAUGCAGAAAUUGCUUGAUUUAAUCUACCAAAAUGCUCAGUACAGAGAGAUCACAUCCUUAUCAGUAUUAUAGAAAAGAAUACAGCAUGAUAUUUAUUUUAUGUUUGAAUAUAUUUUAUAUUUUAUAUAUAUAUAUUCAGUCUGAAAGAUAUUUAGCAAUCACAAUCUGUUUACCUAUUUAUCAUUGUUUUUGUUUUUUUAUGAUGAAUGUGGUAAUGGAAAUAUGAAGAUAUAUGAAAUGUAGAAAUGCACAUUAUAGUCUAUUUUGAUAUGAAUGCAUUUUGUGUGCUAGAUAAAAAAAACAAAAAAAAAAAAAAAAACAACCUUUAACAACAUUUAACCCACAGGAAAAAAAUGAACUCGUGGCAACAAUUAAAAAGUAUCCCAAUUCAGCUGGAAACUGUGGACUUGGCAACACUUUACAGAAUCAAAAUGAAUUAUUUCCCUGUAUAGCUCAAACAGCAGACCAUGGCACCGCCAAGCAAAGGCAAGGUCAUUUGUUUGAAUCCCAACAGGGAAUGCAUGAACUGAUAAAUUGUCUACCAGAACACAAUUUAUGUCACUUUGGAUUCUUUGGCUUCAUCUACCAAAUGCAUUUAAAUAUAUGAAGUAUUUUUUUAUGAUAGCAGAAAUAUAAAAUAAUAUGUAACCUAUUCUUGCAAAUGGACUGAAAACAGUUGGACUGUGGGAGAAUUAUAUUGAUGUAUGAAGGAUGUUUGCUAGAUUAAGAAAGUAUCAGGGGCAUUCAAUUAAAAUAGAUUCAAUUAAAAGGUCGCUAAAAUAGUUUUUGCUGUAGAGGUUUAAAGUCACCACGAAAUCAACACUUACAAUUCUUAUUUGUUUUAUGGAAUAUUGCUGUUUUUAUUAUUAAAGAUUUGUUCAAGUACAUUUUUUUUUUUAUUUUAUUUA